AGGCAAAUAAAGUAAUAAAAAUAAAAAUAAAAUUAUACACAAUAAAAGCAAACGACAUUUUCCUGCGCUUAAUCCCAUUCGUUGCUGGAAAAAUCCACGCCUGUCAUUUCGCAAGGAUUAACACAUCACAGACAAGUGGCAGCAGCGUAGCAAUCGAACACAUACACAUACGUGUACGUGCGCGCAAGGUGCUUGAGUGUAAAAACAAAAACAACAAUACACACAUAUACACCGGAUAUCAACUCCUGCUGGCACACACAUACGCACUGUUGCCAUAUAAAUUUAUAGCUUAGAUUUCGAUUUAUCAGCGCCAGCAAGCAGCAAGCAGCAAGCAGCGGGCAGCGGGCAGCGUUCGUGGCGAAUAAGAGCGGAAAUUGCUCGCUUGUCACACGCCAACGGGAAAACUUCGUCUAUGCCACGUGCUGCAUACGCGAAUAAACAGACAAACAAAGGAACAAACAGACAGAUCGACAUACCAAUCAUCAUGCAUUCACCUGGAAAAUACGCACUAAUUUUCAAAUAGUUGGCAAUAAAAUCGCUGAGUGCGAGGAAUGCAAUCGCUGCGCAAGCCAAAUUAGUUCGCAGUGUUUUCUCGCAUAAUACGCCAGCAGUCAGUGGUGGCAGGAGCUGAAUCGAGGAUACUACAUAUACUCGUACAUACAUAUAUAUUACAUACAUACACUCCACGUCUUACCCGCAGCAGCCACCAGUCCACGACGUCUAUUACUUUUAUCUUUACUCUAGUUAAAAGUGUUUAGUUACCACACGCGCACAACGGAAAGUUGCUCCUUUGGCAAGGACGUUGGUUAUUUCGCAUGGCGUACAAACGUAGCUCGUAAACCAAAUUUCGUAUUUAGAGCGGACCGCGUGGACGAGUGCAGACGGAGCGAGCCGAGCAUUGGCUGGGCGCACAUUCAACAAACCUUGAAUGAUUUUUGGUUAUUUACGAAAUUUCUUGAUUUGUUGAUUUCGAGGAUUGAAAGUUGUGUGCGGCAUUAGCAAAUCAGGACAGGAGACGAUACGACGACACAGAUUGUAGAGACGCCAAACUACAAUAAAUUGCCAAAGCAAGCCAGAGCAUCGAGGGAAAAAAGUUGCAAGGCGAGUGGAAAGAAGUGGAAGAGGAAGAAGAAGUGACGGAAGAAGUGACUGCAAAUAGAAAUAAAGCAGCGGGAGUGGGCGGUAGUAGCAACACACACACACACACACACCGAGAGGAAAAGAGGGAGCGGCAUAGAGUAAGAGUUGCAUGAAGCUACGAGCAACGACUGAAGGGUGCUGUGAGACUCCAUUGUGGGUAGAAAGUUUGGCAACUCAGCCGACAUUGUGUGGCAUGGCUUAAGCAAUAGUUGAGGAGCAAACUCAAUUGUAGUUUGAUGUUUUUGUCAAUUGUGGUAGUUGUUCUUAUUGUUGUAGUGGAAAAUCAAAUAAUCAAAGCAAAUACACUGAGACUCUAAUAACAAGACAAGCUACUUGAGGCGAGGAUAUACAUGGCAGUCAGUAGUCAAUAGACACACGCCAGCAUAAUAAUAAAUAGUGUUGACAAGGAAAAGAAGAAGAAAAACUACAACAAAAGCAACAACAAUAACAACAAACAGGAAGUAGAAAUAUGUUGGCUUUCGCUCAAGCAGCGACGACGUUAAGAUGAGCAACGGCAAGGAUCAAAAUCUUAAAUAGACAAAAAAAAAAAAGAAAAACUACUAAAGAGGCGUAGAGAAGAGACAGAAGAGAAAGCAACGAAAAUAAUAAGAAAAAAGAAAAAUAAGAUGUACCAAGUAGAGAAAGCAGCAUAAGAGGCAAGUGGACGAAAACCAGGCAAGAGCAGUGAAGUGAAGAGUAGCGGAAAUCUUUAGCAGGCCAAGAAGACACAGAAUCUCUACGAAUAUUAGAGGUCGUCACUAAGACGGCGAACGUGUGGAAACCGCAAGCAAACGACGCAAAUAAAAGCAACAACAACUCACAUAACAAACAAUUUGUGCAAUAAUAGUGAAAGCAGAAGAGUAGGAGAAGCAGCGACAGAGUCAACCGCAGUUGUCUGCCGCCGGCGUCCACAAAGCGCAGGAUAAUGUGUACGACGGCUGUUGAGACGCGUCAUAAAUGCACGAAUGAGCAAUGUGUUGACAACAGAAGCAGCAAGAGUAAGCGGCGAAAGAGUAUUAACAACAACAGCAACAACAUAAACAACAACAACAGCAGCAGCAUACAAAGCAGCAAUUACCGAGUUAAUGUCAAUGACGGCGACGUUGAAGAUGGGCGAGUGCAAAAAAGUUGGACAGAGCAGGAACAAGAGCGACAACAGCAACAACAACAACAACAACACGCACAUAAACGACAACAACAACUAUCACAGCAGCACGAACAGCAAAGACAACAGCGAACGCCACAACAGCACCAAAAUCAAGAAAAACAUAAAUCUCAACAACAACAACUACUUGUCAUACAACAGCCCGGCCAUAGACUCGUGCAUGCAGCGAUGAUCCAAAUGGAAGAAAAAUCAACCACGCAGCCGGCAAUGGGGAAUCGCGUGCAGCAGCAGCAACAACAACAACAACGACAACAAUAUCAACAGCAAAUAGAACAACAACAACAACAGCAACGGCACAAUAAACAGCGAGUGAAGCAGCAACAGUCUGACAAGCGGCAAUGCAGCCACUUUGGCGGUGGUGGUGAUGGUGUAAGCAGUUGUUGUUGUUGUUGCAGCUGUCGAGCAGGAAUCAAGUGGAAAAUUAUAAUAUCAACAAUAAUUUUGCUAUUAUGCCGCACAAGUCACGUGCUCGCCAUACGAAAGGGUCGCCUCAUGUCCCCGAGCUCAUUCACUGCCCUAAGCGGAGAUCUUCACGUACAGAUACAAUUCAGCGCUGAAGAUGUGCCAUUGCAGGGCAUGGCGGGCGGCAAUGGUAGUGGUGUUGAUGUGGGCGUGGCAGGGGUUAAAGCUAAAGAUGGCGCUGAAGUGUUAUGGACUGAUGAAGCGUAUACGAGCAGAAACGUAACAACGAUGACAACAACAACAGCCACAACAAGAGGCGCAACCACAACAGAGGGUAGAACAACGGCGACAGCAACAGCGGCGGCAACAAAGAGAACGACAACAACAACGAAAACGACAACUACAUCACGCACAACACAGCCAUUAGAUGGGUUGGGUAACCGUCAAGUGGGCGACGGGCGUGUCGUGGGUGUGGGUGUGGAGAGCACGAUUACAAGCACUUUGGUAAUUAGUAAAAUCAUUGAUGAUUUUGCGGAUGCAGUGGAUGUGGCGCCGACGUAUGGUAAUGAUACGGCAGCACAUACACAUGCUCACGAGAGCGCCGCCCGGUUCAAUGGCAGUCUAACGAGCAGUUCGAGUUCGAGUACGGAAGUAACAGAGCCAUCAGUGGCGCACAAUGACACCCACAAUCAAACAGUGCCGCCGCGUAUACAAACAACAACUCGAGUGUUGCAACGCCGCCGCAAGGAAAUCGUACAGAACAUACCUGUCUUCGCUGAUCCACGUCAGAAUGUGACACAAAUCUCUGUGCCCUGUCAGACAUUUACACGCGGCGGCUUGUAUGAAAUGCAAGUAGUGACCAAUUUGAAGACCACCACUCCCGUAGCUAAUACUCGGAAUGUCAGCACACAUGAGCCGCUGCCCACAAUGACCACCACCACACUGAUGCCCAUCGUUGAUGAGCGUCUACGUCAAACACUCGACGUGCGAUGGCCGAGCGCUGAUAUGCAGGUGUCACCGACACGUCUACGCACCUAUCCCGAUCAACCGGUUGAGGUCGUGUUGCGAUUUCCGGAGGUUAAUUGCGAACGCGCUUGGCAUGAGAGUAAUUCGCUAGAUUUACCGCAAUUUUGGCUGGAGCUCAUUUAUUGCGGCAAGCAGCGUAGUUGUAAUGACGUGUUGCCGCAAAAUGUCAGCAAAUCGAGUAUUUUGUAUAUGGAGCAGGUGCGCGGCUAUCCAAAGCAUAAACUGGUACGUCUCGGCUGCGAGCUCUUCGGUUUGGCUGGCAAUUAUGCUGUGCAAUUGCGGCCGAUGGUGCCGGCGCCGAAUGUGCCGAUAACACGUCGCUUCCUCAGCGUCGACUGGAGCGAUAAAUUUGUGUUCAAUGUUUACGCUCGCAGUAUAUUCCCGUGCGAUCCGCAUACGGGCAUUGGCGUGUUGUAUGAAUAUCCGGCCUGUAUACUCGAGCAAGGUGAUCGUGUGCGCGUUUUUGCCAAGUUGCGCGCUGAUGUGGCUUCGUUGAAGCCGCCAACUACGCUACAUUAUGUCGCCGAGCAGCGUGUGGUGAAGAGUCAUCAUUCGCUCUACUUCAACUGUGACCUGUUCACCGAGAAAUAUGUGGAGUAUUGCUUCGUCUAUGUGAGUCAGGCUAUUUCGGGUGCGGUCGCUGAUGUGCGUAUGGACUGUGUACCGACGUUGCCUGUCAGUGAAUCCGAUACUGGCGGUUGGGGACCGUGGAGUGAAUGGACACCCUGCUCAACGAAUUGUCUCGGUGGCACGCGUAAUCGUUAUCGAUUUUGUGAUUCACCCCCACCACGAUAUGGCGCUAAAUUCUGUGAGGGCCCCUCGGUAGAGACUGAAAAAUGUGGCAAAGCCGUUGCCGACACCUGGGAUUGCAUUUAUGAAAGUAGUGGUGCCACAUUUACAGCCGCCAAUCGCACGGAGGUUAGUCAGGAAAUCGGACCGGGCUGUCGUUGUGGCUGUAUUGUACAUUUGGGCUCAUCAAAGCCGAAACGGAUCUUAGCUGGUGCCACACAAAGCUGCCCCGGACGUUCGUUUUGGCUUAUACAGGUGGAUGGCGAGGAGAAUAUUGCGCUGAGUUUGAACUUUUUGCGAUUGCCCUGUCCGGCGCAGUACAUCAAAGUACGUGACGGUCCGUCGCUCUCAUCGACGUUGCUCAUUGAAUUGAACGGCGGAAGUAAUUUAAAUAUGCCAACACAAAUAGAAUCGAGUGGUGCGCAAUUGUUGUUGGAAUUCUAUGCCGGCGAGGCAAGCGAUGUGCCAGCUAACGGACAUGGUUACAGUAACAACAAUAACAACAAGAACAACAACAACAAUAACAAUAAUAACAACGUCACAACUAUGGGCAGCGUGAAUGCCGCUUGUACUGGUGGCUUUUUGGCGAAUGUCGAACAAAUUGCAGCACGCAAUGAGACAACAACAACCUUGCUGGCCGCCGCAACCAGCAGAUUGUCGGCGAAAAAUCGUAACAUUUUGCAGAAGCCAAAAUUCAGUCGCUCACAAUUUACGUUGGUCCACUUGAGUGCGGUGGUCUUUGCCAGCAUCAUUAUCUUGAUCAGCGCUUUGUUGGGCGCACAAUAUGUUAUACGUUAUCGCAAGUACCAUUUGGCAGUGGCGCGGCGACGUGAUGAGGGCUCUCGCCUGCAUACACCGCGCGCUUCCAUGAGCUCACUGCAAGGACCGCCAUCGCGCGCCAUUUCGACUACUACACUGUUAUCGGAGGUCAUCUAUUUGGUUAAGAUGCGUCCGAAGCAUCAGUUACGUCACUCCAUACUACGGGAGAGUGUCGAUGCGGAGAAUUUGGCACGCGAAACGGAAUUCAACGACCCCGAUGAGAGCGAAGAAAUAGAGGAGGAUGCACAAACAACAACACGCAUGGUGAAGUGCGAUGAAGAGCGCGGCAGCAACACCUCGGUUGUUACUCUACGCAAUGAAAUCUCACAAUCGCCGGAGUCGGUAAGUGGUAUCAGUCGUUCACCUUCGCUGGAUGAGGCUUUGGGCUCAACCACGGGCGCCGGCGAAACGAGUGGCAUUUGCAGCGGCACACUCACACGUAAAGAUAGCGGUAAAGACACAGAAUCGAUUAUUUCAUCGGGCAUGAGCUCAAUUUGCGCCAGUCCGCCGAUUAUACACUCGAACCGCUUCAAUCGAUACGGACCGUCCGGUACGCUGAUGCCGAGCUCCACACAACGUUUGGAUGAGUCAGCGCAAAGCGAUCGCGACUCGCUGCGUUCAUCGUUGCGCGAAUAUGUGCAACGUUGUGCGAGCGCUUCACUAACAAAUGGCUGCUACUCACCCGCUACGAGCGUUGUCAGCACCGCGACCAUACGCACCACCAAUCCGAAGGAGAGUAAAGAAAAGCAGAAUCGUAAACGGUUACUUGCACGACCCGGCUCCGAAUUUUCGUUAGGCAAUCAGGAGGAACUCGAGCUCGAUUACUAUGAUUACAAUGUGAUAAAUGCAGGCGCCGCACCGGGUUCCUACUUGGGUAUGGACCCGGCGCAACUCAUAUGGGUGCCACCGCUUGAGGUUAUAACCGAUAUGCGCGAUGAGGACGAUAAAACGCCCGAGCCUAUGCCAGAACCGGACGAGACUGAGCCCCUAUAUGAAGAGAUUAAAAUGCCGCGUUACGGUCACUACUUGAGCGCGCGUAGCAAUACAGAGUCGAGCACAAAUACUACCAAUACCAGCAAUACAACACCCUCUUCGGAUGAACUCUCACCACUAGGCAGUCAUCUGCAUUCGAAGGCCACCUCGCCCACAGCAGAAAUGAAUUUGAAAAAUACUUUGCUACAGCAAAACAUAUCGAGCACAGCGAGCAGCAAGCAACCCACGCCAUAUUUCUCACGCAAACAGCGUCGGCACGGCAAACAGCAUUCGCGCUCCACCUCCUCACUGCGCAGUGGUAGCGUUAGCGGUGGUCGCGACGUCAUGAUACCGCUGCAACAGAUGAGCAGCACCAAAUCGGCACGCAACAUAUGCUGCUCGCCGCCAACCUUAGCCACCGCAGAGGAUACCGAAUCAGCGUGUGCCACACCACGCAGCUCACCGGAAAUACCACACACUUUGGUCAACUCAAUUACCGACUCGAUGACCGAGUCAAUGACGGGCUCCUAUGUGGAGAAAGAAACGCGUGUGGAGAAGAAAACUUCGGCCGAGUUGGGCUCCGGCUUACUCAGCUUAGAUGAUAUACAAUUUGCGGAUGAAAGCGAAAGUGAUCAUGAUGUGUCCAAGCAACAGUCCAAGCAACAUCCCAAGCAUGAGUCGGUGGUGAAGUGCCAGGAGUAUGUGUCUGUAGUCGAACCACGCUCCGCGCACACUCACCUCUCCUCAAAUACGUCCGCAUCCUCAGGCGUGGCGGCCAAAUUGAAGCGUAUCAGCGCUGAUUGUGCAAUAUUGGAGACACGGGGUCUAGUCAAAGAGCCAAGCUCGUCGUAUCGCAUCGAAACGAAUGUAUGAGUAAUAAGAAAUUGGAAUUAUUUUGUGGUGGCGCAUAAGCGUCGCAGAGCUGAGCUCGUUAUGAUUUGAACUCUCUCUACAUACUCAUGCAUACAUACAUACGUACAUGCAAACAUAAGUGGUAAGAUUAAUAAAAAUUCGUAUGUGUAAGAAGAAGAAGAAGAAGGUGGAGAAGAAAGGAGAAGAAGAAGGCUAACAUUAGCUGGCUAUGGUUCCAUGAAUUGAUUAUAAUCAAUAAUAAUUAUUAUUAAUUAUAGGCAUUUGUUUUGUUUAUCGCCCAUGUAAAUAUAUAACGAUAACAGUAUUUAUUAAAUCAUAGUCCUUUAGGAGUAAAAACAGAGAAAAGAAGGAAAAAUACAUGCAUAAACGUAUAUGUACGUGUGUGUGUUAAUUUUGAAUUCCUUGAGACAAAGAUGUUUUCUUAAGCAAACAAACAAAUUACAUUUAAUGUUAUCAUACAUACAUAUAUACAUAUAUAAAAUUAGUAGUUAUUAAAUGUCUGCCAAUUUAUUGAGAUAUACAUAAAUCCUUUUCGGUGAAGUGGAGCGUAAUCAUUAAUUAAUUGCUUAGUCCUAAGAAGAUUUUUCCUCUCCUCGAGCCAGGUCAGGUUGGGCUGAACUAGUUGACCCAAGGAGUCUCAGUUAGAUGAUAUUACAUCCUUAGUGUUACCAGGUACUCCACAUACGACCAAGCUUUACUGUUAUUCUCUUUAUUGCGUCCAUAUUAUGAAGAAUAUUGCUGAUCACUGUGCUAUUUCUGGUCCUCUGUCCGUUGCUGAUUGAAGGUCCCGCAGCGUGUCUGUGCCAUAACUAAACAUAGCGUCUGUCAAACGAAUGCAUGCCACUCAUAGAUUGCCCACUCUCUCAGAGUUUCCUACACUUGUUAACGUCUUUACAAGCUUUCAAGACCAGUGUUAUUACCUGCUGACCUGAUCCAAAAAAAAAACAUUACUCCCAGUUUAUAUGGCAAUCGGACUUUUAGUAAUUAUGCUGCAUUAAUUUGGUUGCCGGAACUAAUCAGACGCAGUUGAAGCAGCUAAACGCCGUUCUGAGGACCGUGACGGGUUGCUUUCUGAAGUUUGCACAGAAAAAAAUCUAUGGUCAAAAUUAAGGAGUCUGCUGAAAAGUUACCUGCAGAGUAGAUAUUUGUCGAAACAUCAGCAAGUGAAAUCAAACUACAUACCGACAGGCUUCAAAUACCAUUCAGUCAGUAAAAACCUUUAUGAAGUCUCUUCUCGCACAUGAUGACGUGUCCUAGAUGGACGAAGUUAUCUCACGCUUCAAGUAGUUGUGACUACUACUUAUUUGUUUUACAGCCACAUUUGCCUUCACAACUUCGGCAUAAAUGGCAUAUCCACAGCAGCUUAAUUGUGGACACGGGAGUAUGCCUUCGCCACGCAUUCGACCAGCACCCAAAACUAAGAAAUUUGAAAAAUUUAUGUAUCCAAUACACUACAUUACAACAUUCACAUUCAUCUCGUUUCGAGUUACACAAAUUAUAUUUCAAUAACUUUUUAUGUUUUUAAACAUACACAACAACACUUGAAAUAUCAAAUAAUUUAAUUUUGAAGCAAUUAUUCCACUCUUGAAUUAUGUACCGAAAAGUGUAAGCGCGUGCUAGAAGUUAAACAAACAACAGCUGAUUGCAAACAGGGUUGUAUUGAGUGUCAAAAAAGUAGAUAAGCUCAUGUUAACAUCAUUGCCCAAUUAUUACAUUAUUUUAUGUUAUUAUUAAUUAUUUUUAAAUAAUGUCUCCACUUCACAAUGCUAUAAAACUUUCCUGCUAUAUUUCUUUAAAAAAAAAACUUACAAAAAAUACCAUUAUCAUUAACAAAUCUGUUAAAACUUGCAUAUUCACUCAACUUCGUACCUAUUUGCCCUCUACGAAUCUAUUUAACGAAAGAAAUUAAUUGAUCAUUAUGCACUUCUUAGGUGUAGACCUUUACAAAAACAAAAGAAGACUAUAUCAGCAAAACAAAUAUGAAAAAAGAAACUAAUUUAAAGGUGAAAUGUUAAGAAAAACUAUGAAAAAUGGUCAUAAAAAUAGUUUAAGUAAGAGAUAAAGAGAAACAGAAAUAACUAGCUUUCCUAAGAGCGUGAAAGUAAGGAGAACAUAAAGGAAAAGGUAACAAAAUAAUAAAUAAUUUUAAUAAAUGAUACUCAAAAUAA